GUGGGAGGGACUAGUAGUAGGUGCAGAUGWCAGACCAUUGAAUCAGAUAGGUUGUCUUCGGAGUGAAACCGAGCGUGUUGAAGAUUAGCAACAAGAAGAAUGGAUCGAAUCAGGUCGGCUUUCAACAGCAUGAUGAGGAGCGAGCGGUACAGCAGGUUUACUUUGCACCCGGGGGAAAACGGGGAGCGACACGCCGAGGUCAACCUAUCUGACGAUGUCACCGAUGAUGCCACAGAGAUGGAGGCGCACGGAUCGCCGAGCUUCAGGCCGGCUCCAGUUCAGCGGCGCCGACYUACUCUUGUCUUCAUGAUCCUGGGGUUCCUGCUGAUAUUUGUUUCUGGCUACCUGGUGGGUUACAUCAGCCACAAGAAACCUCGAUCGAAGUUGAGCUGCGAGCAGCAGCUGGAUAAUCAAAUGGACAGGACGAACGAAACAAAAGCCUCUGCGACAUCAUGGCCUGUACCGCCUCCAGAUGUCCAGCUGACCUGGCAGGACGUCACUCAGCUCCUCACAGACAAACUCACCACUAAGGCCUUCGAAAAAACUCUUGGGGAUUUUGAUCGUCCCAGGCGCUCAGCAGGAAGUGAAGAAGAUAUAAGUCUGGCGAACCACAUCUUUGAUACAUUCAAACAACUGAAUAUGGAGCCUUGGACAGACCGCCACUAUGUUCAGCUGCAAACGCCAGACAGCAACCUCCCAAAUUCUAUCCAGUUUGGUUCUGCUACAUUUAAACCCGAGGGGUAUUUAGCCUACAGUGCUCCUGGCAGAGUUCAGGGUCGACUGGUAUAUGGAAACUAUGGUCGUCAAGAGGAUUUGGAGUUGGUGCAGAAGAGCAUUGACCUGAAUGGUAGCGUGCUGCUGCUUCGGGCCGGAAGUAUCAGUUUUGCACAGCAGGUGGACAAUGCUGCCAAAAUGGGAGCCUCUGCUGUUCUAAUCUACCCCGAUCCUCAAGAUUACGAAAUGGUUGCAACCACAGAACUUUACGGACAUGUUCAUCUGGGCUCAGGUGACCCCUACACCCCUGGAUUCCCCUCCUUCAACCACACCCAGUUUGCCCAAACUAAGUCAUCUGGUCUCCCUAAAAUUCCAGCUCAGACUAUCACUGCCAGAAAUGCUACAACUCUUCUACAGAAAAUUGGUGGCCCUAAUGCAAGCAGUGGCUUUAAAGGUGGGAUUCAGUCCAUGACCUACAAGCUGGGAGGCGUUGAGAUCGUCACUGUUGAGGUGAACAAUGUGUUGGUCAACAAGGAGCUCCACAACGUGUUCGGCGUGAUCAAAGGAUUCACUGACCCUGAUCGUUACGUUGUACUGGGAGCUCAGCGAGAUGCCUGGGGUAAAGGUUACGCCAAGGCCGCCGUCGGCACCUCUGUGUUGGUGGAGCUAGCCAAGGCGUUACAUGACAUGGUGGAGAAAGAUGGCUUUAGACCCAGAAGAAGCUUGGUGUUUGCCAGCUGGAGUGCUGGAGAGUWCGGAAGUGUUGGUGCCACAGAGUGGUUGGAGGGUUACAUGUCCUCGAUUGACAAAAGUGUUAUCACCUACAUAAGUCUGGAUGGAGUAGUAAUGGGCCGUGGAAGCUUCAUAGCCUCAGCGAGUCCGCUGCUCACCAGUCUCAUUGAGAGGACAAUGAAAGAGGUGAAAAUGCCUGAUUCUGAAAUGAUGUACAAGAUGAUGGGAGAAAAUAAAUGGGAGGCCAAAGUACUCAGGCCAAUGUCAAUGGAUGACCCUGCCUAUCCAUUCCUGGCUUUCUCAGGAAUUCCCUCUGUCUCUUUCCACUUCAUCUCAGAGAAUACCGAGUCGUACGCUUACUACGGAACCAACCUGGACAACAAAGAGAACCUCAAUUUUCAAACCAACCAGCACACUAGUGAGAUUAUAGUGACAGCAGCCCAGUUUGCUGGUCAGAUGGCUCUGCGACUGGUCCACGACCACCUGCUCAACCUGGACGUGAACCGAUACGGCAGRCUCCUCACCAAAGCUGUGGCUAAAAUCUACCAGCAUGUCAGUCAGCUCUCACGGUCUGGCAAUCUGAAAGGGGUUAGUCCCAUGUGGCUGAAUCAAGCUCGAGGUUCAUUCCAGCGAGCAGCUAGCAACAUCAACAACGCCAUUGUCAACACAGAUCUAACUGACCGAGAGGCCUGUCGGAUCCUCAAUGACAGGAUCAUGAGGGUCGAGCACUCCCUCCUCUCUCCAUACGUGUCUCCCGUUGAGACUCCCUUUCGCCACCUCCUGCUCGGCCGGGGCUCCCACACCCUGGAGUCCAUUGCGAAGACGACCGAUGUGGAGCAGCUCCGCACCCAGCUGGCCCUGGCCACCUGGAACCUGCAGGGAUGUGCCAACGCCAUGGUGGAGAACAUCUGGGACAUUGACGACGAAAUCUAAAGCGUGUGAAGGUUGUGUCUGAAAGUUCACUUUAGUGCUCCAACAACAACACCUUAAGCACCAAAUAACAGAGGUCCCAUCCUGUAAAUUCAGGAAGAGAAAUAGAUUUGGUUUCUUUUUUUUUAUUAUUAUUAUUUUAAAGAUUCUAUUGGAGAAAAGAAGAAAAAAAUAAUUUAAGAACUGUGAACCAAAUGCUUGAAAAAAAGGAAAAAAACAACAACUGAUGAGUUCACCUCUACUACUCGACCAACACACUGAACCAGGCAAAUCUUUUGCUGCUGCCUCUUGCCAUCAAAGCACUGAGACCUUAUUUAUAUCAUUUCGUAUUUAUCAGUGGCAGUGCCCACUAUAUUUAUUAUUGUUUGUUUUUUUUUUUAUACAUCAUUAUCGGAAGCAGUGUCUUCCAUAAUUAUGACGGUUAUACUGUCGAAAAGCCACAGCAGCAUCUGCUACAGAAAUGACUCCUUAAUUGUUGCUGACAUAAUGGAGCCUUAGAUAACGUUACAUUUACCUUUUUCUGGCAGUUGUUUCUCCCAUUUAUGAAGUAUUGGACAAACUUGGAAGAAAUAAGUGGUAGUAAAUUUGAAAUUGGUUUGUCUAAAUUAUGAGUAGGAACUGUUUCUGCUAAAACCAACUUUAUUUGCCUCAAGGCAUGAUACAGAUUUAGCAAAAUUAAUUUUAUGGCUAUGCAAAUGUAAAAUUUAUAAAAACAAAAWGCAAUACAAACAUUAACAGAUUCUCAAACCUCUUCUUGAUAUGGUUAUUUGAACUGAUUGGUUAUGAUUUACAACGAAGCCAUUUAUGUUGCACAGUCUCUACGAUGGAGCACAACAAUGACGUUAUCGGGAGCAGUGCCUUCCAUAAUUUAAACCCAUUAUCGGGAGCAGUGUCUUCCAUGAUGAUGACCAGUGACGGUAGUUUUUGUCUACCCUUUUUUUUGUGUUUGUAUUUUGUAUGUUG